AUGCAUACCUGUUUACGAGAUGUAAGCAAUGUGUUAUUCAUUUUGUUUAGUUUUUCGUUAUUUAGCAUUUUAUGGGCAAAAGAUUAUCGUAUUUCCAUUACACCAUUUAAACAUAGUUUUUCAUCCUAUUUUUAUUUUGAUGAUAGUACAGUUAUUCUAUAUCAUGAUACCAUAGAUCAAGCGAUUUGGAGAAGUGAUAAUGAGGGUGUUUCAUGGACUAAAGUAAAAGAUAUACCGCACAAGAAAACUCUAUUAUUAAUACGACAUCCGUUCAAUAACAGUAUGGCUUUUGUUUUAGGAAAACAUACAAAACAUUAUUAUACUACUAAUCAAGGGCUUACAUGGAAAAAGUUUACAACAGAAUUGCCUUUUGAAAGAGACAAAGUUCCUUUAAAUUUCAAUUCUGCCAAUUCUAAUUAUAUUAUUUAUUUGGGUGCAGAUUGCCCAGAUUCAAAACAAUCUAAUUGUAUAUAUAAGGCAUAUUAUACAGAAGACGGAUUUUCUACUGAACCCAAACUUCUCAAAGAGAAUACAAAAACAUGUGUAUUUUCUAAAUCUUCGAAAGAAUUUACUGAAGGCUCCGAUAAAUUGGUUUUUUGUAUUUAUGUAGAUUCAAAAACAGGAAAUGAAAACUUGCAUUUGAUUAAAUCUGAUGAUUGGUUUUCUUCAUAUUCUUAUGUAAGUUUUGGAGGAAACCCAUUAGUUAAUAUAAAUGGAUUUGGAACAAUUCAGACUUUUAUAAUUGCUAUUAUUAAAAGUUUGCAAUCUUCCAAACUCGAAAUGUAUGUCUCUAAAGAUGGAAACUCAUGGAAUAAAGCAAAAUUUCCAUCUUACCAUCAAGAAAAAUUAAAAGAAGAUUCUUAUACGAUUAUGAAAUCAUAUCCAUAUAGCCUUCAGGUAGAUAUUUUAGUUUCUUCUGAAUAUCCCCAUUAUGGUGGUAUUUCUUUUAAAUCUGACAAUAGUGGUGUAUAUUUUAUUACUAGUAUAGAACAUACAAAUAGGAAUGAAGAUGGUUAUGUUGAUUUUGAAGAUGUUCAAUAUCUUGAUGGUAUUAUUUUAGCAAAUAUUAUAGAAAACUGGAAAGAGGGAGGAAAUAAUAUAAAUUAUACGAAAAAAAUCCAGUCAAGAAUAUCGUUCGAUAAUGGUUAUACAUGGGAAUUAAUUAAAUCUCCUAAAGAUUCCAAUUGUAAUACCUUAGAUUCUAAAUUAUGCUCUCUUCAUUUAUAUUCUGUUACAAACAAUCAUAAAAAUGGGCGGAUAUUUUCUAGUUAUUCUCCUGGGAUACUUAUUGGAAUAGGCUCAGUUGGUCCAAAUUUAAGACCAUAUAAUGAAUGUGAUCUUUUUAUAUCUGAAAAUGCUGGUAGAACAUGGAAUUUAUCGUUAAAAGGUGUUCAUAAAUAUGAAUCGGCUAACGGUGGAAAUAUAAUUAUUGCUAUACCUGAUAAGGAAACUCGUGAUUUAUAUUAUACUCUUGAUAGAGGAAAAAAUUGGGAGUUAAUUGAUAUAGGUAUUAGCAUUUACCCUCAAAUAUUAAUAACUGCUCCAAAUUCCAAAAAAGGAAAAUUUAUUAUUGUUUCAAGUCAAAGUAAAGACAGUGCUGACCAUAAUUCUGUAAAUGUUGUUUCUAUUGAUUUAAGCAAUGUUUAUUCUCAAAAAUGUGUUUUAAAUAAAACUAAUUUAGAGAAAAGUGACUUAGAAAAAUGGUAUGUUUAUCAUGAUGAAACUGGUUGUCUUAUGGGUCACAAACAAUAUUUUUGGAGAAAAAAAGUCGAAAGGAAAUGUUUUAUUGAAAAGAAUCAUACUGAAUUUCGACAUAAAGAAAAUUGUCCUUGUUCAGAUGAUGAUUAUGAAUGCGAUUAUAAUUUUAUACAUCAUAACAAUAGGUGUUUAGAAUAUGUUCCACAAGAAAUUCCCCAAAAUGAAUGCAAAAAUUCAAAUGAUAUGUUUCUAGGAUUAAGUGGAUAUAGAAAAAUUCCAGGAAAUACAUGUGAUGAUAAAUAUGGAGUUAUGAAAGAUAAAAAAAUUAAAAUUCCCUGCAGUAAAGGUGAUAAAAAUUCAUAUAAAAAAUAUUAUAUGUUUAAUAUAAUGGUAGAUAAUUAUUCAGACAAAAUUAUAGUGAAAUCAGAAGAUUUCAAAGGUGAUUUGAUUAAUUACUUUUAUAUUAAAAGUAAAUUCAAUGAUCCCAAUGAUCCUAAUGAUACAAUUAUUAUUUUAACUAGCGAAAUGGAAAUUUAUAUUUCUCAUAAUCAAGGUAACGAAUGGACUCAAAUUCUUGAAAAAGAGAGUAUUAUUUCUAUAUUUCAAAAUAAUUAUGCAGAUGAAGAAAUAUAUCUUCUUGGAUUUGAAAAUAACGCAUGGGUAUCAAGAGAUCGGUUUACAGAAAUUGAAAAAAUUACUCUUCCUGCAUAUUCACAUAUUGGGUAUACUAAUUUUGAAUUUCAUCCGGAUAAUAAAAACUGGAUUAUAUAUACUGGAUGUAAAGAAAAAGAAUUACUAAGGGAAUGUGAAGCAAUUUCAUAUUAUUCUAUCGAUGGUGGAAAAUCAUGGAGUCUUUUAAUGUCUGAUACUCGCUCAUGUUCUUGGGUUAAAACUGACAUUUUUGAUACAAAUAAGAACUUAAUAUACUGUGAAGUAUUUGCUUCUGAUUUGGAAAAAUCUUUAACUGCACCUGUAAAAUUGAUAUACUCAUUUGAUUUUUUCAAUAAUUAUUAUGUUCUAUAUGAUUCUAUUAUAGGUUAUGCAAGAUUCGAAAAAUUUAUAAUUCUAGCACAAUAUGAUUAUAAAUCAAAAAAUCUUAAACCAUUUGUAUCAUUAGAUGGCUUAAAUUUUACUCACGCUAAUUUUCCUUCUCAUUAUUCAGGUGAAGCAUAUACAAUUCUCGAUUCUACAACAGGAACUAUAUUUUUACAUAUUACUACAAGUAAUUAUAAGGGUAUAGAAUGGGGAUCUAUAUUAAAAUCUAAUUCUAAUGGGACUAAUUUUGUUAAAUUAUUAGAUUUCGUCAAUCGUGAUAGUGAUGGAUUUGUAGAUUUUGAAAGAUUAAAAGGACUAGAAGGGAUUAUACUAACUAAUGUUGUAGUAAAUAGUAAUGAUGUUAUUAAAGGUGCACCUAAACAUAUUAAAACUUUAAUUACAUAUAAUGAUGGAGGCGAAUGGGUUUAUUUGACUCCUCCUGAGAAAGAUUCAAAUGGUGAUAAAUAUUGUAGUGGAAAGCUUGAAAAAUGUUCAUUAAACCUUCAUGGAUAUACAGAACGUGUAGAUUUUCGUAAUACAUUUUCAUCAGAUAAAGUUCCCGGUUUAGAUUUUGCUGUUGGAAAUGUGGGUGAAUACUUGGAUAAUUACUUGAAUAGUAACACAUUUAUGACGAAAGAUGGAGGAAUAACAUGGAAAGAAGUCCAAAAAGGACCUUAUAUGUGGAAGUUUGGUGAUCAAGGAUCUAUAUUAUUGUUAACCAAAGAUAAAUAUUUUUCAGAUCACUUCUAUUAUUCUUUAGAUAUGGGAAAUACAUGGCAAAUAGUUUAUUUUCCUAGUAAAGAAUCUUUUUUAGUCUAUGAUAUAACAACAGUUUAUUCAGAUACAAGUAGAAAAUUUGUCUUGUUUUGUAUUAAAAAUAAAAGCAGCAGUACAAUGACCACUAUUUAUAUUGAUUUUACUAUGCUUACUGAUAAAAAAUGUGAAUUAAAUGAAGAAUUUCAAGAUAAGAGCGAUUUUGAUAUUUGGAGUUUUCAAUAUCCAAAAAAAAGUUCAUGUCUUUUUGGACAUGUAAAAAAUUAUUAUAGAAAAAAACCAAAUAGACUUUGUUUUAUAGGAAACAGUCCCAUAAAGUAUUAUAUUUCAAAAAAUUGUACAUGUGAAGUAGAAGAUUAUGAAUGUGAUUAUAAUUAUGAGCGUGUAUCUAAUGGAACUUGUCAAUUAGUAAAAGGUGUAAAUCCUCCUAAUCAUUUGGAUGAAUGCAAAAAGUAUAAUCUUAUAGAAUACUAUAAGCCAACAGGAUAUCGAAGAAUUCCUCUUACUACAUGUCAAGGAGGUAAAGAACUCGAUAAAGAUAGUUUACCUAUUCCUUGUCCUGGAAAGGAAAGUGAAUAUAGAAAAUUAAGAAAAAGUUUGGGUGGUUUUGGAUUGUUUUUGAUUAUAAUCUCCCCAUUUAUUAUUAUUAUUUUGAGUGGUUAUUGCAUGUGGGCUUUAUAUAGAGACAGAUUUUUAGGACAAAUCAGACUUGGAGAAGAUGAAACACCGUCUGGAUGGAUACAAUAUCCUAUAAUAUUAGUUAAUAAAAUAAUAGAUUCAUUUUUGAUGAUUCCUGCAGCUAUAAGUUACAUUAAAACAGUAAUAGUCUCCUUAUUUUCAGGUUCUCGCAGAUUCAGUACAAGGGAUUCUUUUUCAAGAAACAAUUAUUCAAUACUUUUACCAAAUAGUCCAGAAUUUUUUUACGAAGAUUACGAAAGUUAA